CAUCAUUCGUCUGUGGACGAGUGCCUCUUGUGCUGUGCUGGAAUAUGGCUGAGUAGGCAGUGAGGGGAUUUAGUCGGGAGGAGAGGGACGGUUUCGAGUCCGGACUGGAAUGACCCCCACCAAAGCACGAGAGGAAACCGAGAAGAAACGCCAUUUAUGUGGGAGACGUCAACGAAUGUGUUUUGGGGUUCUGUCUUUUGACUGGGAGUCCUGGACAGGAUUUUCAGUUUUCGAGGGAGACUGAUAAAAACCAGCUCAUCCACACUGUCAGAUUGGAAGCAGCCUUUUCAGUUCUCUUGGAAGUCGGAUCUGUGCCGGUUUGAAGGCACAUCGGAUUAUGUUGGUCAAGCUGCCCCUUUGUUCUAUAGUCUGGUUGAACUGGGGGUUUAAACGGAGGGGAGUGCUUUUGACCAUGGGCCUUGGGCACCACUGAACAACUGAGGACAGCACCAGCAGCAUGUUGCUUACUUUAGGGUGACUUUGUCAGUACUAUAAACACUGGUAUUUACAGACACAUCAGAAUGGCUGAAGCUUUUCAGUACCGUGCGCUCUAUGAGUACAACAAAGAUCGUGAAGAAGACAUCGAUCUAAUGCCGGGGGACAUUCUGACAGUUAACCAGGCAUCCCUGCGCUCUCUGGGCUGCACAGAGGGUGACGAGCAGCAUCCGGAGCACAUUGGAUGGAUUGUGGGACUCAACGAGCGCACCAAACAGAAAGGAGAUUUCCCAGGGACCUACGUGGAGUAUCUGGCCCCAGUCGUGGCCCCGCCCCCCAACAAACCACGGCUGCAGAGACCCCUCCCUGCAGCCCCUGGGACUGGUCCCCUGCACCCAGACUCCACCUCCGAGUUUCAAGUCUCCUCUCUACUUGACCUGACGGAGCAGUUUGCUCCCCCAGAUAACGCCCCCCCCAUUCUAGUCAAGCUGAUCGAAGCCAUUGAGAAGAAAGGUUUGGACAGUGAGACUCUGUACAGGACACCUGGCUGCCUCGCUGGCUCUGAAAACACACAGACCCCGAGAACCGACCUGACUUUGCUGGACCAGGGGCAGUGUGACGUCCUCGCUGUGUCUGAGGCUCUGAGAUCUUACCUGCAGGACCUGCCCUCCCCAGUGAUUCCCAGCUCAGUCUACACUGAGCUGCAGAGCGCUCUGCAAAGCAACGAAGUGUCUCCCAAGGAAAGCUACACACGGCUGCUGAGCAUUCUCGAGUCUCCCCCGGUCCCUCUCCAGAACUCCCUCACACUCCAAUACCUGCUGCGACACUUCUCAAAACUGGGACAGCGCUGGGAGAAGAGUCCACGAGCGCUGGGAGAGCUGUUCGGACCCCUGCUCAUCAGGCUUCCAAACGCAGGCUGUGAUGUGAGUUUGGAUCUCCCUGUGCUUGUUCUGGAGAAGCUGCUUUUGAACAGGACCCUGGAGCCCGAGCAAGCGCCUCCAGCUCUUCCUCCGAAACCACCCAAGCCCAAGGCUGCCCCGAGUAGCCUGGCCAAUGGAGGCAGCAUGUCUCUGAGCGAUGCUGAGUGGUACUGGGGAGAGAUCUCAAGAGAGGAGGUGAACGAGAAGAUGAGGGACACACCGGACGGGACGUUCCUGGUGCGAGACGCGUCCAGUAAAAUCCAGGGAGAGUACACCCUGACCCUCAGGAAAGGGGGCAACAACAAGCUGAUAAAGAUUUUCCAUCGGGACAACAAGUACGGUUUCUCGGAGCCCCUGAGCUUCCUGUCUGUGGUGGAGUUAAUCAAUCACUACCGGCACGAGUCCCUGGCACAGUACAACGCCAAACUGGACACCCGACUGCUCUGCCCUGUCUCCAAGUACCAGCAGGAUCAGGUGGUGAAAGAGGACAGCAUUGAGGCCGUGGGAGAGCAGCUCAAAGUGUACCACCAGCAGUAUCAAGAGAAGAGCAAGGAGUACGACAUUCUGUAUGAGGAGUACACCCGCACUUCCCAGGAGCUGCAGAUGAAGAGAACGGCGAUCGAAGCCUUCAAUGAAACCAUCAAGAUCUUCGAAGAGCAGUGUCAGACCCAGGAGAGGUACAGCAAGGAGUACAUUGAGAAGUUCAGACGUGAGGGCAACGACAAGGAGAUCCAGAGGAUCCUGAGCAACUCGGAGAAGCUGAAGUCUCGUGUCACUGAGAUCCACGACAGCAAGAUGAAGCUGGAGCAGGAUCUGAAGAAACAGGCGGCCGAAAACCGUGAGAUCGAUAAGAGAAUGAACAGCCUGAAACCAGACCUGAUGCAGCUGCGCAAAAUCAGAGACCAGUACCUAGUCUGGCUGACGCAGAAAGGCACCAGGCAGAGGAAGAUCAAUGAAUGGCUGGGGAUCAAGAAUGAAGCUGAGGACCUGUAUUCCAUGAUGGAUGAAGAGGAGGACCUGCCGCACCAUGACGAGCGCACCUGGUACGUGGGGAAGAUGAACCGCGUCCAUGCAGAGGAGCUGCUGAGCGGCAAGCGGGACGGGACCUUCCUCAUCCGUGAGAGCAGUCAGAAGGGCUCCUAUGC